GGCACGUGGCUAAUGUUUGGUAGCAACCGGUAGCAACUUUCCUGCAGAACACUGGACAUAUGCUAGAUUUUGUUACAAUAAAUGUAUGAUUCCAUCCUGAGCCUCUCACAUGUGCACUGAAUCCUUCACAGCUCAUAAGAUGUGUUUAUGCGCCCAAAUGUAUCAGGUGGGUAAAGUUGGCCCGCUGCUCUCCCUGGCAGCCGCUGGUGGCAGAUAGCUUCCAGAGCACGGAUGGACUGAGUUACAUUCAGAAGCACUUUUGGCGCCUGCACCAACUCUGUGACAAAGUGGCGUCAUUGUGCAUGUGUCACGCUUGCUGCUUUGGCUCUCGUCGUCCUCACCUGCCUUCCGCUGGUGCCAGUUUGGAAAUUAGAUUAAUAGAGACCUCCUUGUCAAUGACGGUGUUGUGGUCAAAACUCGCUGCCGUCCUGCCUCCUAAUGAGGAUAUGUUUCUCCUGCAUUUCUCUGACAAAGUGGACUCAAGUGUGGUGGAAAUGCUUGUACGGUCCAGGCAGCAGCUGUACAAUGACACCGGGAGUGACCGCCUCUUGCUCACGGCGCAGAUCAUUCUGGACUUUUCCUGGGAGAAACUCAACACUGGGACUUGGAGAGAUGUUGACAAAGACUGGAGACGUGUGUAUUCCUAUGGUUGUCUGUUUAAAGUGGCCGCACUAUGCUGGAAAGAUCCAACACAAACUGAGCUGCAGCAGGCAAUCAAGACUUGUGACAUGGGUUUACUAAUGGGAGCAGCUAUCAUGAAUGAUGUACUUCAAAGUAUUGUCAAAAUGCUGCAAAAAGAAGUGAGGAGAAACGGCACAGAAGGGGGAGAAGACGAACAGGUUAAAGCAAAGAGACUGAAGAUUGAGUUGCCAGGGUGCCCACGCGUUCCUGUGAUCAAAGGCGACUUGGCAAUUCCCCGGCUAAAGUGUCCUUCGCUGGAGAGCUUUAAGUCCGACUACCUCCUCCCACUAAAACCUGUUAUUUUGGAGGGCACUAUUGACCACUGGCCUGCGCUUAAUGACCAUCCCUGGAGCAUAGAGUACCUACGCAGUGUUGCUGGCUGCAGAACCGUUCCCAUUGAGGUGGGAUCCCGAUACACAGACGAGGAGUGGUCUCAAACACUUACCACAGUCAAUGAAUUCAUCGAUAAGUUCAUUUUAAACAAGGAUCAAGGGAAGGGUGUGGGUUAUCUCGCUCAGCACCAGCUUUUUGAUCAGAUACCGGAGCUGAAGGAGGAUAUCCGCAUCCCUGAUUACUGUUGCCUAGGCGACACAGAGGAGGAGCACAUCACGGUGAACGCAUGGUUUGGACCCGGGGGUACAGUGUCCCCCCUUCACCAGGACCCCCAACAGAACCUCCUGGCACAGGUUGUGGGAAGCAAAUACAUCCGUCUUUACUCCCCAGAGCACACAGACAAGCUCUACCCUCAUCAAUCAUCGCUGCUCUACAAUACCAGUCAGGUGGAUGUGGAAAACCCAGAUAUGGAGCGGUUCCCUGAGUUUACAGAGGCACCGUAUCUCGAAUGUGUGCUCCGACCGGGAGACGUGCUGUUUAUCCCUGUUCAACACUGGCACUAUGUCCGCUCCCUGGAACUCAGCUUUUCAGUCAGCUUCUGGUGGACAUAGUAAUAGAUGCAAACUUUUCUAAUAAUAAAAAGACAC